ACGCUACGCACAUCACUUCUCAUGUCUAGCUCUGUAUCAUUUGGAUUUUGGUGUGCGUAAAAUUGUGAAAAAGAAAGAGGAAUUUAUUAGUUACUCAGGAUACUCAGGAAACAAUCAAUUAAAUAAAGACGGUACCGAAUUGUUUAGUGUUGAAGACGAAAAGAACAGUGUCGUACCAAUUAAAUGAAUGAACACUGUUCGAGUUACAGAACGUAGAAUAUUCUACUAUAAAGCACACAACAGAUUAACUACUUUUAAUAAAGAGCAGAAUGGCGUGUAUUGAGAAGAUACCACCUCUUACCAUCGAUUCAGAAAUGGAAGAGGGUGAAAUCGUUGAUGAUUUAGAUGAUCUAUCUGAUAUAUCUUCUGAGGAAGAAUUUUUACUGAGACAGAGAUUAGAGGUUUUAGAAAACUAUAACAAUGUGCUUGAAAGAAAGAAGGCGAAGACGUCGAUGAGUGAAUCUGGUCGGGGGAUAAAUGAAGAUGCAUUAUCACAUGAUCUCUCUGAUAUUUCUGAUAGAGAGGAUUACUUGCAAGUUCCAAUUGAAAAUAAAAAUUAUAAACAUCAAUAUACCAACAUCCAUCGUAAACAAAAAAGAAGAAAAGAAACAAUACAAUUAAAUUCUGCAAAAAAUAAAGAACCCAAGAAAAAGUUACAUCGCACCAAGAAAAAAACUGUGCCUAAAGUUAUUGUAAGUGAAACAAGCGAGGAAUCUGAGGAUGAAUACCGAAAUAAAAGACGAAAAUUAGCCAACGCUGUCUCUUAUUCUAAACAGAAAAAUGAUACAUCAUCCUUGAAAGCUAGAUUAGAAAAAAUGUUAGGUGGUAACCAAAAUUUUGAAGAGAUAAAGGAAGAAAUUAAAGAGAAAAUAAAAAAUGGCAUCGUAAAAUCAUUAGAAUGGCCUCUGAAUUCCUCUGGUAAUUCAACUAAUAAUGAGAUUUCCAGUGAAAGCAAGAUAGUUUUAGAAACUGAAGUUAGUAACUUAAUUGAAUUGGCUGAAGAUGAUGUAAAAAUUGUAAAUGAUAUAACUGGAGAAGAUUGCGUUGAUUCUGCAUUUGCCAAGAAAAAAGAUGUAGAAGGAAAAAAGGAUGCCAAUACAGAUUCAGAUGAAGACUUGGAAUUAUUAAGACAGCAUGCUCUCAAAACUAAAGUAUCUAAGCCAAAAAUGGAAAAACCUGUUUUAGAUGUAAAAGCAGUUGAAACUAAACCUCAAAAUCCUUCAGAUGAUGAAGAUAGCGAUACCGCCGAACUUAGGAUGAUUUGUCUAAAAUCAGCUUUGUUAAAAAAGGCUAUCGAAGCAAAACAAAAGCAAAAGCUUAAAAAAAGAUUGUCACAAUCUUUUCAAGAUGAAUUCCAGCUUGCAGAUAAUAAAAUAUCAAAUGAGGUUGAGGCUGAAAACAAUACUGAUAUAGAAUCAGUUGAUAUGGAUAUAGGUUCUGAUGGUGAUGACAAAUUUAAAGAAUAUUCCAAUAAUUAUGGUAUCAUUGAAGAAGUAAAAGGAGAUAUUGGUUCUAUAAAGGAAAAUUCUUUGAGUGUCAUUCCAAUGACUAAACAAUCCAUGGAAGAUGAAUUAGACGAAGAUGAAGAUUUGUUGCGUGCAAAAUUGUUAACUUCCCUUAGCAAAAAUUUACCAAACCUAAUACAUCCUAAUAUUAUAAAUACUUUAAAUGAAGUGCAAAAUUCUGAAAAAUCUGCGUUGGAAGUUAAAACUAAUAAAAAGAAAACUACACCAGAAGAAAAACCUUUUAUUAUUAAGUUAGGUGAAUCAGAUUCAGAAGGUGAACAUGAAGCAACGAAAAACUUAACUAAAAUGCAUAUAAAACUCUCUGAACAAAUAGAUUUUCAACAAAAAUUAGAUUUGUUUCUCAAGUCGACUCGAAUGGAAGUGGAGAAGAAAACACUACCAGAUGUUAUUCAAAAACCACUUGAACAACCCAAGACUGCUCCAAAGUUUGUAGCAAAGGCUGUAAAACAUUUACCUAAAUCUGAACAAAUUGAAUACAAAAAUUUGGUGAAGAGGAUGGCAGAGUUAGAAAAAAUAAAACAAGCAAGACAAAUAUCCAUGAGUUUAAGUAAAUUGCCUGUUCAAGCUAAAGAUACUUUAAAACCGCGUAAUGUUACCAUUGACACUAUUAAAAGUAACACAACAGAAAACUUAGAAGAACAAAUUGCUAUAUCAAGAAAAAUAAUUGCUGAAGAGUCUUCAAAAAUGCUUAAACUCAAAGAGGAAGCUACAAAUCUAUCUCAAAAAUAUAAAAUCGUUGAAACUGAGUUACGUAAUAUUUCGACUGCUAUUACUUUUAAUAAAAGGCAGCAAAAAACAAUACAGAAUAAGUUAUCAAACAUUAGACUACGACAUCAAAUGCUUUUGAAAAGGUCAUCAUCUCUUAAACAUUCCAAAAUCAACAUGCCACUUGCAAAUCGGAAUAAUAGUAAAAGUUUGCAACUUACAAAAUUACAAAAGGAAAACAAUCCAUCAAAAGAAGAUUACAAGAACCCUCAAAUUUUAAAGGCUGUUAAAGUUAGUGUUAAUAAUGAUUUAAAAGAAGAUAAUGUGGCAAAUGCAAUAUUGUCUGUCCACAUUGAUAUCAGUAGCAACAAAAAGAUAGUAAAAUUGCCAAAGAGUGCUAUGAAAGAGAGAGUAGUUGAUCUUAAUGUAGAAAAUUCAAGUACAACAAUCACACAUGAAAAUAUAGAUACUGUUAAUUCUGAAGCGAGAAAAAGCAGAGUAAUAGAUACUGAAGAUACAAUAAACGCCAAUGAUAGCGCCAUUGUGAAAAUUAAGGAAAUUGAUGAUUACAAAUCGCCUUUAGACGCGUUACAUGGAGGAACCUGGGUGGAGGAUCCCAAUAGUUUUCUCUGCCCUUUCGAAGUCGGCGGCACCUGCAAGGAUCCUGAUUGCAAAUACAUACACCCAAAACUCCCAUCCGCUCAAUGACAUUUAUAUUCACACAAAAAACACACUACCAUGCCCAACAUUAUUAUCAAUGCAUACAUUCACUCGAACAUGUCACACGAAUACCAUCUACCCAUCCUUCUCUUUUCUUGGACCAGUUGUGGAGUUCAACAAUAAGAUUUGGCGAUCCGAUGGCUGGACUUCACAGCGAUGGCUUUGGUAAGUUGCGAGUAAUUUUAUUGUGUGAG